AUGUCCAGACCACACUCCACCUACCACGCUGCGCCAUGGGGCUCCAGCAGCAGUAGCGAGCACAAGCCUUCGCAGCACCACCAUCAACAACACCACCACCACCAGCAGCCCCACCUUGCUCACUCAGCUUACUCGGCUUCAGCAGGUCCUUCCACCUACCGUGCUCUCUCCAGUGGCCACGCCGCCGCUGCUCCCUCUCACCACGCUCACCACUCGGAUCCUUGGGCGCAUCGAUCUGCCUCGGCUGCUCCCGGGCCUUCCUCGCCGCUACCACCGACCUUUGCAUCGCAAGCUCCUUCUGCCAACCCUUCGCCAGAGCAGCCUGUCAUCCGCACCACCCACGUCACCGCUGACGGCACCACUAUCUACGCUGCCACCGGUCGCAAGCGCAAGCGUCUUCAAAAGGCUUGCGUCGCCUGCCACAAGGCCAAGCGUCGUUGCGAUGGUGGUCUCCCUUGCUCCAACUGCGACUUUAGCGGUCGUACCUGCUGCUACUCGGAUGCCAACGGCAAGAUGGUCAUCCCCACUGCUCGCGUCGCCAACGAAGCUGGUCAGUCCUCUGGCUCGUCGGCUGGUCACAGCAACGCCAACCUCCACCCCUCCGAGGCGCUCACCCCUGCCUACACGGCCGUCUCGGCGUCCAGCCCCAACGGCAGCGACUUGUCUGGCCGUCCUCGUGCCAACACCAUGAGCUCCAAGUCGAGCCCCAUGUCCAUCGGCAAUGCCGGUCUCCGCGCCGAGGGCUUGCUCACCAUCGACGACGUCGCACCCGAACGCAGGAGAGAUCUCAUCAGCAUCUUCUUCUCGCAGAUCCACCCCUUCAGCUGUGUCAUGGACGAGAUCUCCUUCCUCCGCGAUCUGUCUACCUCCGAGGUGCCUUCGUACCUGUUGAUGGCCAUGUUCGCUCUCGCCGCUCGCUUCGAGCAGGGCAUCAGCGAGGCGGAGCGCGAACGUCGUUUCGCACAAGGCGAGGGUUUUGCCCGCUCGGCUCGUCGCAUGCUUCAGGACGAAGACCAGGAUGGCUUCACCCUCCUCGACCGACCUGAUGUCGACCUUUCCCUCACCCUCUGCUUCCUCUCCGCUCACGAGCUCGGCAUGGGUCGUCUCCAGCGUGCCCUCUCCUACUCCAACGACGCCGUCCGCAUCAACGCCACCCUCAAGCUCGCCGACGGUCAGCUGCCGCCGGCGCGCAAGAACGCCUACGGUCGCGACUCGUUCUCGUCGUCGUCCUGGCCUCGUCGUGCCACCUGCGAACGUCUCGUCCUCCUCGCCUGGACGCUCGACAUGACCAUCGCCGCGCUCGCUGCCCAGUCCUCCACCGUUCGCCGUUCCGACGUUCUCGCUGCUGCGCGCAACUUUGGCACUUCCGGCGACGAGACGCGCGACGACGUCACAAAGUCUUUUGCGCGUCUCGCCGAGAUUGCUACGGUCUUCGGUCUCGUCAUUGACGCCAACGAGCCGUGCUCUAAGGGUGAGGAUGCGCUCCAGUCGUGGGCAGCCGCGCUGGUCGUCGAGCACAAGUUUGACGACUACAACAUGAAGUCUGCCUCUCGACUGCUUGAGGAGCCGGAAGCCAGUGCCGCUUCGCACCGCGCCUGGUUCUGGGCGCAGAUGCACCUCAUCGCCGAAUGCUCCGUUUUCCUCAUGGAAGCACGUCGUUCGGGUGCCCCGCAAGCUGAUCGGGGUCAACAAAAAGCCGCGCUGGACAACAUCCACCUCAUCCUCUCGGUCCUCAGCAUCACCGGACGCCGCAAUCUGUUCGCCUUCCCCGCCCUGCUCCUGUGCACGCAGUACAGCGGGCGUGGGGCGAGCCCCGACGCGAGUCGAUGGUGGGCAACCGCGCGACAGUGUUGGAACCUGGGCGAGCAGCAGAUUGGUGAAGCGGCUCGGUUUUUUGUGCGACCCGCCAGUGACGCACCCUCUCCAACACGCGGGUCGUCCACCGGUGCCGAGUCGUUGAGACUUCCUCGACUGUCCAGCUCGAGCGUGGGGAGCAACGGCAACUUGCCCAGCAUCGCCAGGUUGCCAUUGCCCAGCUUGAGGCUGUCCCCCGCCCAUUCGAGGAACCGCAGCUCGGUGGGCAGUGAUGAUGGCUUAAGCUCCGGUAGCUCCCCCGAUAGCAGCGCUAUCAGCCCCCGAUCAGCCCCGCUCGAGGUGGGUGCGGAGGAGUAUGUUGCAGCAAGGGGUAGCAGGAGUCCCCCUCUGACGAGUCAGAUCUUUGCCAAGGAUCCCAGGACGAACUGGUCUCCGAUCUCGAGUCUGAGGGGCGAGAAGCGCGGGUUGAGUGCUAUCUCCAGCUAA